UUCCCAAAACAUAUGAAAAUAAGGAUGGGCUCAAUAUAAGAGUUGCGAUAAUUGUAGGUUCUUCUGAUAUUCCGGCUACAAGAAAGUUAUUUGGACAUGGAUCUGCAGUAAUGAAAUGCCACAGGUGUCCGAAAAGAAGCCGAUAUAGUGAGACAUUUAAAAAAACUCACUAUGGAGGUAUGCAAGAUUAUGAACAAUGGUUAUCAGAACAAGCAGAUCCCCAGUUGCAUAGAGAAUAUGCUCAAGAAUGGCUUAGAUGUUCUUAUCCCAAUAGUAAUCAGCAGAUCGAACUCGAACUUAUGAAAAUAGUCCUCAAAAAUUCGCUUGUGAAUUAUCAUCUUUCCUGUCAAUGGACAUCUGGUCUCUUGAAGAAGUCUCUUCAAUUUCUUGCACUGAAGAAAGCUGCUGGUAACUUAGCUGUAACUAAUGAAUUUGAUAGAGAAGAGUUACAGUAUUUCAUCUCCUUGAGACAUGAUACGUCCAAUAAGAUUUAUGGCACUGAAAAUAUAUCAGGACGAAUGCUAGCACCUUCGUAUAAAAAG